ACCACGAAGCCCAACAGUUCUGCAGCGUCCUGGAGGCGUUGGACCUGCUUCCUUAUCUUUGGCGAGCUCGACUUCGACAGCUCCAUGUUUCCCGAUCGCUGCGACAAAGGUACCAAAUCUCCCCUCCCACUAUCUCGGACGUACCGCCGAAGCCUUCCCGGCGGCGUACGAGUUUCGUGAGCCGCGCCGAGGUUGCCGGACGUAGAGGCAGCUUUUUCUUUUUCCCCGCAGGCUUACGGCUCCGCACAGUAGUCUAGCCCCGCUCUUCCGGUUCCGGUGGCGGUGGAAGACCUUUUUUUUUUGUGCGGCUUCCGUUCCGGUCCGUUGCCGACUCACCGGGAAGAGUUCCAUAAUUUGAGCUACCAGCAUGCGACCUUGAACUACCCAGCUCACGCGAUGCGAGACCUGAGCCUGAUCGGACGAGAGCAUCGUCGUCAGCCUUCAAGAGAUGGAUCGUCAUCCUCCCUCUCCGGUCUCGCAUUUGAUGCCUCGUCGAAUACAGCAUAUACCGUCUUCCACUCCCUGCCAACAUCGUCUGGCUUCGCUGCAUUUCAUAUCUUCGCAAACCAAUUAGGCGCACGUAGUAAAGGAGAGCCGUCACUGCUGAUCAAAGUUGACCUGGUAGCUAGCACGUCUCAAUCGUCAUCAAAGGAGCAUGGACAGAGUCAAGUACGGUCUUUCGCCUUCCUGGCAGACGGUGGCUCGGCUGUGAAUGAUGAGCCCGCCCUCUGCCUCAUCACCUCCGGAGGGGACAUCGUCCUCAUCCCCACUUCUACCUCUCCCGAUGCUGGACCAAUCGAGCCGCAAAUUGUGGGGUCCGUGGAGCAAGGGAUCUUGGCAGCAGCGUGGAGCCCGGACGAAGAGGCAGUCGUGCUCGUGGUGCCUUCAGAGAGCGAGGGGUCGCAGCACUCGCGCUCGCCAAUCGAGAAGAUGCUAGUGAUGAGCAGGGAGUUCGAGGUCCUGGAUGAGAAGCUCAUACGAGAGCAAGGAAGAGGCGAUGAACAAGUCUCGGUCGGCUGGGGCUCAAAGGCGACCCAAUUCCAAGGCUCUGCAGGCAAGGCUGCUGCUAGCAUCUCCGAGGUGGGAAUCAAUGGGUCGCAGGGGACAGAGCCUCUUCCCGACGACGACCUUCUACCUCACAUCUCCUGGCGGGGCGACUGCGCCUUCUACGUCAUCUCGAGCCUCGAGCAUCUGGAGUCUGGCCAGGGCACUCGCCGCAUGAUCCGUACUUUUGACAGGUCAGGCAACCUCACAGCGGUGUCGGACGAGACGGAAACGGGCUUGAGCCAUGUAGCCUCCAUGAAGCCAAUUGGCAAUCUUUACGCUACCUCGCAGCGCUUUGACGAUGGCGAGCGGUCGGCUUCUGCUACGUACGCUCGGGGCAGGACUGGCCGGCACGACAUUACCUUCUUUGAGCGCAACGGCCUAAAGAGGGGAGGUUUCUCGCUACGAGAAGAGGGAGGAGCAAUGGUAGAUGGCAAAGAAGGCGGCAUCACUGAGCCACCCCUGCUGGACAAGGAGGCAAAGGAGCGCUCUUCAACGCCUUCCUGGACUCGCCCCCAUGAGAUUGUUGACAUCAAAUGGAACAGCGAUGGGUCUUGCCUGGCUGUCCAUCUGAGAUCUGAGUCGACAGAUGUCCUGCAAAUCUGGAUGGUCGGCAAUUGGCAUUGGUACCUCAAGCACGAGCUCCGGCCUUCCACCAGCAGCAAACUCGCGCCAGUUAGGCUUCGAGCGUGGAUGUGGCAUCCUGAGCAGCCUUUCAAGCUUCUUGCCGCCUCGUCAGAGUCUCUGGAUGCCUACACAUUCAGUCAUACGACUUGCAGUCAGCCUCUGACACUGCCCACAUCAUCUUCUGGCGUGGCAGUCACCGAUGGCGCUGUGCAGCGGAUCACCUUCUUCGACAAGCAGACGGCUCCACCACCAAUGUGUGGUCUCGUCCUCCCCACUUCAAAGACGGCAGCAUGGAGAUCUGUCCUCGAUCUAGAGUGGCUGCCAGAGGACGUGCGGCCUAGCGAGCCAGGGGGCUGGACGCCUCGUCACAAGGCAUGGGCCGAGUUGGAGCUGCAGACUCCGGAAGGCUCGCAAAGCAAGGUCAUGGUCGCAAUCCUGGCCCUGUUGCAUCCCACUCUGCCUCUCGUACAGCUGUGGUCAUUUGCAUUCAUCUCACCCAAAGCGCUAGCCGUGCCAAAGUACAUCGGCCAGGUCACUUUCGACGUACCGGAAGAUUGGCAAGGCAUGCAAGUCGUCGUCAAGGCUUCAGGCGGCAAGGAGCCCGUGCCUGCUAGACUCGACGUCGCCAUCUUGGCAACCGUUCGCGACGAGGCCCAGGUCAUCCAUCAGGCAUUUGCUUUCCAGCCUCGCGAGGCUAGCAGCGACCUGCAAGGUCUCGACAAGCAACAAGUGGCCCCAGUGGCAAUCCAAGGCAGUGCAGUGCUCCUUGCCAAUGCCUCACGCACCGGCAAGGAGGUGGUAGUGAUUCACGACGAGUCUGGAGAGCUUCGAGAGGUUUUCAGCGCCGAUGGCGAUCACGCCCCGCCCCUCGUGUUCAUCGAGGAAUUUUGUGCCAAUAUUGCCAUCCAUCAACAACACGUCAUUGGCAUGUCUGCCUCGAACAAGCUGUACUCUGCCACUUUGCCAGACAUAGAGGAGCGCUUUGAGCUCUCCAUCGGAUCUGCCUCAACGCUAGCGAGAGACGCGACAUCAUUCAUUGUAUCGGAACCCUUCCUAAUCUGGACGAAUACCUCGCACGAGGCUCGCUUUCUGCCCCUUGCAUCUUUGACGAAUAGCAGCAGUCUGAACGGUCCGGGCGUACGACCCGCUAGCGAGGCUGUCAGUCUUGACAGACGCAUCGAGCGCGGGGCUCGCAUUGUCACAGCUGGACCACGCCAGAUGGCUUUAGUGCUGCAAAUGCCUCGAGGAAACCUCGAGCGCAUCUUCCCACGAGGGAUGGUGCUUGAUCGUGUGCGAAGAGAGCUAGAUCGAGGCCGCUAUAAGAGCGCCUUUCUCCACUGUCGCUCCAACCGGGUGGAUCUCAACCUCCUCCACGACCACAAUCCUGCAGCAUUCCUGCGAGAUGUACCCAAGUUCAUCGAGCAAGUCAACGAUGUUGACCACUUCAACCUCUUCUUAAGCAGCCUCAAGAGCGAAGACGUGACAAAAGUACAGUACAAGCCACUUGAAGUCAACGUAAGUCCGCAGACUUCACAAGUGACAAGCUCGAACAAGGUCAAUGAGAUCUGCAAAGCAUUCAUCAACGAGUUUACUCGCCUCGACGACAACAAGCGGUACAUCAAGGCCAUCCUUACUGCCCAUGUGAAGAAAGUGCCUGCAGACUACGAGACUGCUCUGUCUCUCCUGCGAGACCUCAAGGACAGCGACCCGGCCUUGGUGGACUCGGCCAUCGAAUACAUCAUCUUCUUGGCUCCCUUUGACUCCCUCUUUGAUGUUGCUCUCGGCAUGUACGACCUCACGCUUGCUCUCAUGGUUGCUCAACAUUCGAAGAAGAAGGACCCUCGAGAGUACCUUCCCUUCCUGCGGGAUAUCAGAGCCGUCGAGCCGAUGCAGCUGCAGCGUUUCCAGAUCGAUGAUCACCUGAAACGCUACGGUAAGGCUCUCAAGUGGCUUGCGCAGACCGGUGGGGAACAUCACGAACGGGCACUGCAGUAUCUGCAGAAGUACCGCCUCUUUGCAGAGGGUCUAGAAGUCUGGUCAUCUGACAGCAAGAAGUGGAAGCAAGUCCAGGCCUUGCAUGGAGACUAUCUCUCCGAACGCAACAAGUGGGUCGACGCAGCGCUUUGCUACCAGCUGGCCGGUGAUGUUGCCAAAGCUCUGUCUGCAUUCCACUCUGCCGGUGCAUGGCAAGAUGCCUUCACACUCGCCCUCUCUGAGAAGAGACCUGCUAGCGAGAUCACUUCCCUCGCUUCGACAAUGGCUAGCCGGUUGGAGGCCACCGCUCGACAUGCUGAAGCUGGCCGAGUGAAGCUCGAGUAUGGUCGCGAUGUAGAAGGCGCUGUGGAGAGCUACGGCAAGGCGAAUGAGAUCACCGAGUGUCGUCGCAUCUGCUCGGCCUACAAUCGUCUGGACCUCAUUGAGACGCACGUCAAGCCCGCCGCACUCAAGACGCAGGAGAACCUAAUCGAAGACAUCGAGGAGAUGUCCGAGCAGCUGAGCAAGCAAAUGGUUCGUCUGAAGGAGCUCAGAGAGAAGAAGGAAGAGCAACCCUCUGCGUUCUACGGCGAAGGCGAUGGUGCAGGCUUGGACAACAUCGACGUCCAGUCGGACACGUCUACUCAGAUUACUCAAUUCACUCGGUACACCAAGGCCCCUACUCACGCCGGUACCAUGUCCUCUCUCUCUGCCACGUCCAAGGGCGGAAGCAGUAGUACUCGCAAGGGUGAAAAGAAGAUUAAGAAGCGCGAAGAGAAGAAGAAGGCCGUUGGCAAAAAGGGAAGCGUGUACGAGGAAGACUACCUGUACGAGUCUCUGGGCAAGCUCCUCGGCGAGCGGCUGGGAGGUGUGCAAGAAGAGGCUAGUCGGCUGCUACCCAACUUGAUCGUUCUCGGUCCUGCUCAUCGCCAGGCUGCUCUCGUGGUGCACACGACUCUUCUCAAAUUCGAAGCCGAAGCAGCUGCCGCCAGCCAGGCUCUGCAGGACGUGGCCUACGAGGCGGGCGUAGCGGCAGACGAAGCCCGCAUUGCUGCUCUUAGCACUGCAAAUGCCCUAUCGAAUCCCACGAGCUCACUGCUAGAUCUCCUUGCUGGGACUACCUGGCUGGACAAGGCUGCACAGAGGAAAAAGGUGGAAGUGGCAGAGAAGAAGUGGAGGUGCGAGAUGCUAGAGACGACAAUGGUGGGAAGUAGCGGGAGUGCGUGAGGAGCGGUGGGUGUGAGCUGCACUGCUGUCGUGCCCCCUUCUGUCAUGUUAGCCAGCUUGUCUCUGGCGCAAUCGGCAAUGCCAGAUCCGAUGCAAAACAGUAUUCAUUCGAAAUGAUGACGCU